UUCAGUUGCACUGAGUCUGUAGGGAGUACAGACAGAUCCACCUCCUUCACAGCCUGAGGACUCUCCACACGAAAUCUGCCAUAAAGAGGUCAAAUAAUAAUCCACUGAAGGAUCCUUACAGUGUUUGGAAAAUUUUAAAAGCUUGUUUGAUCAAGGCAUUUUUAAGGAAUUAUAGGGAAGCAUUACAAUUUUUGUAAAUAAUCCUUCAGUCCUCCCAAGAAAUUCUUUAAGGAGCUACCUGAGAGGAGGUCAAGUUCAAAUCAACCACACCUGACGUGGAAAGGAAAAGCAGCACGGCUGAAUGGAAGAAUAGAAAUAAAGUGAGGAUGAGCGAGAGGCCUUGUGCAUCCGAGAGAGAAGUAUGAAGAGGCAGACCGUCCGACAGAUCAGGAACCAGCUUAUUUCAAUGUGAAUGCACAGCACCAUGCCAACCCUGCUGCCACCCUGGCACAAGAGGACCAAACUCCUGCUUUCACUUGUCUUUAUCAUCCUCAACCAACAGGUGACAGGCUCAUUGCUGGAAAGUCUGAUAGCCAAACGGACUGAGUACUGGGAGAACUGCAACAGAACUCUGACAACAGAUGCACUCGCAAAAACUGGAAACUUCUGCAAAGGAACAUUUGACACGUUCGCCUGUUGGCCCCAUUCGUCUCCUGGGAACGUGUCGGUCCCCUGUCCUCCUUACUUACCUUGGGUCAGCGAGGACAACACCAGGAGGGUACACAGAGAGUGCUUGGAAAAUGGGAGAUGGCGACGGAUGGAGAACUCCUCCGAACCCUGGAGGGAUGAUUCUGAAUGUCAGGAGGACCAUUACUUUAAAGAUAAGGAGGACGAAAUGUUUCGCCAGACAGCCCUGAGGCUCAUCUCUGUCAUUGGCUACUCCCUGUCCCUGUUCUCCCUCACACUGGCUACUCUGCUGAUGGGCAUGCUGAGGAAGCUUCACUGUACCAGGAACUACAUCCACAUGAAUCUAUUUGUGUCAUUCAUCCUGAGAGCUGUGGCCGUCAUUUCUAAGGAAAUCAUUUUGUACAUCAUGUAUUCCAACUUACCCAAGGACGAUACUGGGUGGAACUCCUAUUCGAGCUCUGUGAUAGCACUGAUGUGCAAAUUCUCAAAAGUGUGCAUGGAAUACUUUGUGGCCUGUAACUACUUCUGGCUCUUGGUGGAGGCCAUCUUCCUUCACACGCUGCUCUUCACUGCUGUGCUGACCAAGAGGCGCCUGUUAAAGAAAUACAUGCUGCUAGGAUGGGGAACUCCCGUCAUGUUUGUAACCCCAUGGACAGUGGUCAAAAUUUUAUAUGAAAACACAGAAUGCUGGUCAAUUGUGAACAGAUGGUUCUGGUGGAUAAUAAGAGGCCCAAUUACUGUAUCAGUGCUUGUAAUUUUCUUCAUAUUCAUCAAGAUUCUGAUGCUGCUGCUGUCCAAGCUGAAAGCAGAUCAAGUUAAAUUUACCGACUACAGAUACAGCUUGGCCAGAGCAACGCUGGUGCUGAUUCCUCUGCUGGGAAUCCAUGAAGUGGUCUUCACUGUGCUGAUAGAUGAGUGUGUGGAGGGCAACAGUCGCUAUGCCAGGAACUUUGUCAACCUCACCCUCAGCUCUUUCCAGGGCUUUUUGGUAGCAGUGUUGUACUGUUUUGCUAAUGGAGAGGUCCAAGCUGAACUGAAAAAGCGCUGGCAGCUUUUCUUGUUCGCCAACCACUUCAAGGUCCGGACCUGUAUUCGGGGAGCACCACUCAAACAUCUGUGGAAGUGCACCAGAGGACACCGGCCACAGUGCUCUCGGCAGAGUGACUCCUACGACGAAGGCGGCACUCUGACAACACACCCCCACAUGCUACAGGUGGCUGUGCACGGAGGAGGUGGCGCUCUAGGACUAGGAGAGGUGAAAAGUCACGGCCUGAAGUGCUGUGAAGCCACAGGGCUCGACUUUCUCACCAGGAAGAGUCUCUCCAGUAGCGAUGGUGAGAUGACACUUGGGGAGACCAUGGAGGAGAUUCUAGAGGAGAGCGAAUUCUGAUCCCACUGAAGUUUCUACUUUACCACCUAACAUGGACACACCGGUAUAUAUACUGAAUGCAUGAUUUCGAGACUUACAUCUGGGCUGAAAAAGUCAUUCAAAGAUAAUUCUUCCAAGGUUGAACUACCAACCACGCAAAGUGUACCAUGUUUUCAGUGCAAUGCCACAAGGCAACUGUCCCCGAGAUGUCUAGUGUUCCAAAGGCCUGUAGUUGGGAACUAUAUUUCCAGCCCCAGGAAAUGAAAUUGAGGCCCAGUUCAACUUUACAAUAGUGUCUCUUUGUCUUUUCAUGAGUGCAGAGCCGGUCAGGACAGUAUAGGAUAGUAAGUAGCUAUAAAAUCUGCUACAGAAAAGACACGUAGCCAUAAACCAGAGGUUUUCCUAUCUCGACUGGGAACCACUGAAAAGUUGGAUCUCCGACGGGGUCAUUAACAUCGAUAAACUAACUUUAGUGCUUCAUUUGGGCGGCAGUUUGUGUGGAGAUGUUCGUGAUACUGUUCUGCGGGGAAAAGCCAACGCCAAUCAUUUCCUCUGUGCAUGUUUUGAUUCAGCAGGUUCACAGAGAGGAGGAUCUGUUCCCAGAUAGGUCCAUUGUGUUGCUAGCACUCUUUCUCUCUCAUUCUGACAUGCUCCCAGGUUCCGAAGCUUGGCAACAAUUAAUUUAACAUUAAUCGGUACUCAGUUGUACCAACAUGAAUUGUAACCUGUAAUUUGCACCCUUAAAGGCACAUAGUUUUGAGGAAACCCGACUUGAACAGGACAGCCAGAAAGGUGUUGAAAAUGGUGUAAAAAAAAAAAAAAGUGCAGUCACUUUAUUAAUUUGAUCUCUUAGGCUUGCUGACUGGGUUUACCACUGUGUAUGCAUGUUUAAAGUUCCCACUGUUUUGGAUCUUGAAUGGAAACUUGGAGACAUCAAUUGACUGUAUUUAAAAGAUGGAGGUAGCCUCUGUGUCUGAAAAUUAAAGCCAGUGAAAUGGAAGUGACGUGGAUUCUAUGAAGAAGUCCAAUUGUGUAGUCUAUGAGAAAAUGACCCUACUUCUCAGUUGAUGUUAAUUCAGUAAACAUUUUGCUAAUGAGUUUGUAAGCUAUGCUUCAGUGUAAAGUAGACAAUAGAGCAGGGUUUGCUUUAGGGCAUGACUACCUUGUGAUUAACAAGUUACCUUGUAUGUAGUGUCCUCAUUUUCUCACUCACAUUCACCUCUAGCUCGUCAUAUUGGGUUUCAUAUUGGGACCAAGAGGCCGACAGUCAAUUGCCAAACCUGAAUCUUCAAAACGGUGGUUGACAAACCAAUGGGUGGUAUCACGGUGGCUGGAUACAUUUAAUAUACAGUCCAAGGAGCCAACAGGGUAGAUAAACACUGCACAAUGGACUAAAGUUUGAGUGUAUGAAGAUGAGGUCAACAGGAGGCCCUCACUGGUGAUGGAGUUUCUAAAACAUUGUGUAAGAUACAUUCUGAACUGGCAAUGCUUGGAAUACUUUUCUGGGAAUAUAACGGAAUUUCAGAGAAUUAAGCAGCUUACUAGAAUACAGCUACAACUUUUUGUAGAUAUGAAAAAGACGAAAUAAAAUAUUUACUGUGGUAAAGACUUAAAAUGAUGAUUGAGGCAUUUUCCACUGUUAAUGGUUUAAACAUUUCCUUCACACACACUCCAGGCCAAUCAGAUAUAAAAGCUUUAUUUAAAGGUUAUAAACAGUUCAAUCGACAGAGUGUUAUGCUGUUACAGUUAGCAUAUAGUGAGCUACACACAGAUGUGAGCAUAUAAUGUUCACCUCUGGUGUUUGUACAUACACAGUGAAUGUCAUCAUAAACAGAUGCAACAGCAACGUAUACCAUUUUUCAUAGGUUAAUGUCUUAUUUACCAUGUGAAAUAUAACAUCUUACCAUUUCAGGCCAGUUAUACAAAAUCCAUGACGCAACAUCUGGAUUGAAAUGUGCAUAUAAAUACAAUGUAUUUGUUUUUUUUAAAUGUGAAUAAUACUGAAUGGUAUGUGCAGCAAGUUUUACAGGCUUGUCAUGUUUUCUAUUUUUGUGAAGUUUAAAAUGUAUCAACGGUGUUGUUGUUUAGGUAAAACUAUCACUUCAUUUGCACAUGUAGUCUCAUAACAAUGUAUGUGCACAAAUAAAACAACAAUUAAACUGU